AUGUGGAAGCCGGUAGGAAUGAUGGAAGUCAUGGAUCUGGAUCACGAUUGUUUUCUGGUAAAGUUGAGCAAUGAUCAGGACUACUUCCGCGCUCUGACAGAUGGUCCCUGGACUAUUUUCGAUCACUAUUUGGUCGUGCAUCAAUGGACCGCACAGUUCAAAGUUUCUGACCCUCUCCCCAAAACAAUGAUUGUGUGGGUUCAACUUCCAGCUUUGAAGGUACAUUUUUAUCAUAAGGAAGUGUUGACGACCUUGGGGAAUUUGAUCGGAAGAACAAUCAAAUUGUACUACCACACUCUCAACCGGCAAUGUAAUAAGUUUGCCUGUAUAGCUGUUGAGGUGGAUCUAUCAAAACAUCUGGUUCCUCGAAUUUGGCUCGACGAUGAGUGGCAAAAAGUGGAAUACGAAAACCUUCCUGAGGUGUGCUUUGAGUGCGGCAAGAUCGGGCACUCAUCGGCGACUUGCCCCAAGCUCUCACUAGCCACGACGACUCCUACACUACUCCUGACCGGCGAUGAAAACACGCCGCCGCCGCCGGCGACCACAGAGCCAAACGCGGGUUUUGGGCCGUGGAUGAUGGUCACGCGUAAGAGCCGGCGGGAUCAAAGAGACUCCCAUAAAAAAGGAAAGCCCGAGAAGGAUGUGGGGACCUUGCACGGAGCCGUUACAAGUAUUUUGGAAAAGAAUUCUACCCCGCAAAGGAAAGUGCAAAUCCCCUACCUAAACAGACAGCACCCAGUGAUCUCCCUGAGCAACGGGUCUUUAACCAGGAUAGGAAAGGCACCAACAGGAAGAACGCGGGAGAGGAAGCUAGAAAAGAGAAAGGGAAAGUGGUUUCUGAGUAUGCAACUGGCGGCAAGAGAAUUUUAG